AUGGGUAGUGGUGCGAGUAAACCCCGAAGACCAGGGUCUGCUGGGUCAAUAACAAGAGAAACAUAUCAUAAUACACACAGUGCUUUAAACCCACCUACCUAUCGGUAUAGGUAUGUGGCCAGUUAUGGCGAUAAACUUUCAAAAGACCCAAAGAAGAAAGAUAAUGUACUACAAGUAGAGAAGGUGGACUAUAAUAUUCGACAGAAUACACCACGACAUAACACAGAUCUGUUCGAGAUAACCCAGGAUGAUGAGACGCCUGAUCCACAACUGGUCGUCAGGAGAGGGACACCCUUCGAUAUCACUCUCACCUUUAAUAAACCUUAUGAUAAAAACAACGAUGAUUUAAGACUAGUGUUUGAAACAGGAGAUAAACCUCUGCCGAACAAAAAGACCCACGUGGAGUUUGUGUUAUCCGAUGAGGACAAGCCUAAAGAAUGGGGUGGUAAAGUAAAAAGACAAGACAGAAACAAUCUAGAAAUCACUAUUUUUACUCCACCAACCUGUUAUGUGGCUAAAUGGGAUUUUAAAGUGGAUGUAGUCAAGAAAUCCGACACUAAAUCCUCUAUAUUUAGAUAUACUCAUAAAGAUCCAAUCUAUAUUCUCUUUAAUCCCUUCAGUAAAGAGGACACAGUGUACAAAGAAACUGAUCUGAAAGAAUAUAUUUUAAAUGAAAAUGGUAGAAUUUACUCUGGUACCUAUAAAAACAUCAGCCCAAAACCUUGGAACUUUGGUCAGUUCCAAGGAAAGGUAUUGGAUUGUGUUAUGCAUCUGUUAGAUAUAUCUGGUUUAAACUGGGUUUGUCGUGGCAAUCCAAUUCAGGUCGUUAGAAAAUUAACGUCCAUGAUCAAUGCUCCAGAUGAUGGUGGUGUAUUGGUGGGCAACUGGUCUGGAGAUUACAGGGGAGGUAAAUCACCUCUAACAUGGACGGGAUCAGAAGCUAUCUUCGAGGAAUACUACAAUACAGAUAGACCUGUUAAAUUUGGUCAGUGUUGGGUUUUCUCGGGUGUAUUGACCACAGCAUGUAGAGCACUGGGAAUACCAGCUAGAAGUGUCACCAACUUUGCCUCGGCUCACGAUACGGAUGGUAGUGUUUCUAUUGAUAUCCAUUUUGACCACCUAGGUGAACCAGAUGAGACCAAAAACUCGGAUUCAGUUUGGAAUUUCCACGUAUGGAAUGAGGUAUGGAUGGCUAGAAAUGAUUUGCCAACAGGUUAUGGAGGAUGGCAAGCGGCUGAUGCCACACCUCAAGAAACAAGUGAUGGUGUGUACUGUUGUGGACCUGCAUCAUUAGAAGCAGUCAAAAAUGGCGAAUUAGCAUAUGCUUUUGAUGGUCCAUUUAUCUUUGCUGAAGUAAACGCUGAUAAGAUCUACUGGACAACUGAGUUAGAUGGUACCAUGAUCAACAACCAUACCGAGAAAAAAAGUGUUGGACGCAAAAUCAGCACCAAGUAUCCAUUACGACCAGAACGAGAAGAUGUAACUCAUCUUUAUAAAUAUGCUGAAGGUUCAGAAGAAGAGAGAACUGCUGUAUUGAGAGCUAAUCAAACUGGAUCUUGUCGACACGAUAUUUAUGCAAUGGGACCACAGGAUGUAGAAUUUGAGCUUGAACAACAAGACGAUGUUUAUGUUGGUCAAGAUUUUGAUGUAAUAUUUAAAAUCAAGAAUACCAGCAGGAACACAGAGCGAUAUAUAACUGGUAGACUUAGCUGUAGAUCUAUGUAUUAUACUGGAGUCGGCGCUGAUAAAAUUAAAACCGAUACGUUUGAACUGUUUGUUCCACCAGGAGAAGUCAGAGAACAGAAGCUCCAUAUAGAAGCUGAUGAAUACAUGAAUAAAUUAAAAGAUAUGUGUAUGUUGAAAUUUUCUGCUAUGGCCAAGGUUCAGGGUACAGAACAAGUGUUCACCACACAAGAAGACUUCAGAUUGUGUAAGCCGUCUCUAGUUGUCAAGGUACCAAAUGAGAUCAAGAAGGGUAAAUCGUUUGAUGUUGAAGUAUCAUUCACCAACCCGUUAGGUGAGAGUAUGACAGAAUGUUACCUGGAGGUAGAAGGACCUGGAUUACUCAAAAGGAAACAAUAUCCACAGAGGAAUGUUAAACCUAAACAGACCUUUGUUACCAAGUUUGAAUUGACACCAAAGAAACUUGGUGAAAAAGAAAUCCUUGUUAUGUUCAACUCAAAACAACUUGAAGAUGUCACUGCUACUACAGUUGUUAAUGUAAAAAAUUAGAAGUUUUAUAGUGUACCUCUCAGAUUUAUUUUUCAAAAUUAAGGUUUUUAAUCUGAAUACUAAGAUUGGGAAAAUUACGAAAUAAUUGACCAAAGACAUAGCUAUGGGUCUGAAUGAUCCAGCAUUAUACAGUUUUGUUUUUUCAUGUAAUUUUGAAUGUUGAAAUUCACAAGAAUUAAUUUUAAAAAAAAAUAUUUAAAAUUCAAGGAUUCUGAUGUUGACUAUUUGAUAUACUCAAAAGAUAUGAAAGCUUUUUACAACCGACAAAACUACAAUAUGGAUGUGAACCUAAUUAUUUUGUUGUUUUAAAUACUUUGCAUCUCCAAACUGCCUUUAGAUGAAGUACUUAGCAUUAUAUAUGUACUUCCAUUAUUAACUACCCAAAUUAAAUAUUAUGCUGUUUUCUGUGCCAAUUCUCUACCAUAUUUUUUUUCAUAUCUUUUACGAAAUAUUUUAUAUAAAAAAGAAAGACAAAUAAAAAAAAACUUUUGUUGGAAACAGAAUAAAAUGUUAUUUGAUGUCUGAUUUUGCUUGCUGUCAAACAAAGAUGGAUCUGAAUAAUAUUGCAGACUUAAGACCUCUAUCUGUAUGUAUUAUGUAGUAUGUGCUGAAGAGCAUUAUAUAUUUCAGACUAUGUUUUAGAAUACAUCUAGAUUAUUAUUACUAUUAUUAUAACUUUGUUAUCUGUUUUUAUACUUUGCCUGUCUUUAGAAUAAAAUAUACUUUAUAUAACUUGAAUAUAUAUUGUCAAUGCUUGUUACUAAUAAAUAUAUUUGUUACUUUC